AUGGUGACACAGCAUGCCGAUGUGGCUGCAGUUGUUAUGCACGAAGGUCUUGCGCACGUUUGCCUUCUGACCGCAUCAAUGACAAUUGUUCGAGCGAAGAUCGAUAUGCAGAUACCACGGAAACGGAAGGGUUUAUCGGGUCAUCAC